GUUUUGAACACUGGAGGACAGAAGGACAACAAUGAAGCAAGUGGUAGCCAGGUAUUAGUACCAUCACUCUGAGCUCCAUGUUGACUGCUGCUACUUCUACUACAAUAAUUGAGAAUGACUGAUGCAGAGCCGACCUCCUCAUUAUUGAAGAAGAACAGCAGCAGUGGUGCUGUCGUUUUGGAAAAGUUGCCUUUGGAGCUGUUUCCACGCCUCAUUUUCCCGUUUUUGGAUCCUCGGUCUCUGAGCACCUUUUACGUAUCCAUUGUGGUCGAUCGACACCACCUGCGAGCAUGUGAAGCGACGCUACGACGAUUUGUCAGUGAUGAAUUGAAGUCCAUGUUUCGCUCAUGGCGGGCGUCUCUGGAAAAAGCAGAAGAACAAGUCGUCGCUGCAAGAAGUAACAAGGAUGAUGCUUCGAUUGUCAGGCGUUGUCGUCUCGACCAAGUCCGUGUUCUGGUCCAACGAGCCGUGGACUUUGUGCAAGCCUUUCUGCAAGAAUACUCAGCUUUUUUUGACAAUGAUGAUGAUGCCCAGCAUCCCACCCUCUGUUUUUCGAAAGCCACGAUUCUAUUGGAUGCCCUAGGAAUGUCCCAACAGUACUUGUGUAGUCACAGCUGUUCCACAACCACAAUCCCCAACCAGAAUCAUCAUCUAUUGAAUCAUAUAAAUCGACUGGUAGAAGCUCCCAUUUGGUGCGGUCGCAUCCAAGUCUUGCUCUGGGUUCCACGAGGCAACUAUCAUGGGUUUCGGCGCAUCCUCCUGCAAGCUCGCGUGGCAUUGCUCUCACCCAUCUGGAAUCGACAAUCUACUUUUGACACGUGGGAACCACUGCUGCCGCCACAGAAUAACGAUAGCAAUGACGACAAUGAUCCAGCGCUCCGAUUGAUUGUGGAAUCCUACAACUUUCUUCCCACCUUGCCCAUUGGACGCAUGGUCGGACUUCGACCCACGGAUCGGUCGACACUCCAAACCAUUGCCCACCGACUCGAGGAUCAAAAUACCGUUGCCAUUUUGUCGCCACAACAACAAUCACGUCGUAUGCUGCGACAAGUGCUCCUGCUCAGUCGCACCCAAGCCAGAGAACGAGCCAAAAUGCCACGCAUGCCCUUUUGCUAUUAUGCCAAGAGUUUGGGGGAAGAAGACAAUCGUAACGACUUGAUUUGUUGUUGGCAACAACAGGAAGGAGCCGAUGACAAUCAACAUCAAGAUACUACCACCACAAUUGACAGUGCCAUGGAUCAUUGGCAACGAAUUUUGAAGGUGAGAGACGUGGCCAUGGCAUUGGAGGAAGACGAUUCGGAACCACAAGAAUUCACAAGCUAUUAGCACAUUUGCUAGUUGUAGGUGCUACAGCCCCCGCCAGUUUUGUCGGCCGUCAAACUUCAGUCUGAGGAGCAAGCACGGAACAAUAAUCUGGCGGCGAGCGAACUCUAAUAACCUGGAAGCUACCUGUAUUGAAAAGGAACGAUGCAAUCAAUCCGAUUAUAAAAUAUGGCUAUCCAUAAACGGUUCAGGCAUAUCCAGCCAAUACAACCGAGUCAAUACAGACGUGUUAACAGUUGCUCCUGCAACACACUCCCGUGAUUAUUGGUUCAUAAACCAAAAGGAGGAUAAACUUUGCAAUGAAAUAAGCAACAAAGAAUCAAUCAAACCAAUUCCGCCUUGUCCACAAGCUCUACGCUGUCGCCGCUGAGUGCAUGGUUACCACAGGCAUGAAUCCACCAUCUCCAAGGCGAUUGCGCAAAUUGGUGAUGGAAGUGACUGGGGACUUGCGAUCCACUGAGAUAGAAAGGCUCCCGUUGUUCACAUCAUCGGGGCAUAAAUCCAAUGUCAGGGAUACUCUGGAGCCUACACCAAAUGUUGGACUCAUUAGAUCGACGCAAUUGCCUUCACUGUAUGAAUAGCCCUCGCCCUCGUAACUCCAAACACCCUUUCCAUAAUAGAUUGGUUGCUGCAAU